UCUGGCCAUGACUUGACCAGCGGCCGCCAUGAACGCCACGCUUUGUUCUCACCAGGAAUUCACCUUGGAUGGCUUCCCAAGCUUCCACAAGAUCAGGCGUCUUCUGUUCAUCCCGUUCUUCCUCAUCUACAUGGUGAUCCUGGUCACCAACGGUCUAAUCAUCCACACAGUGAGGAUGGAGAGCUCUCUGCACGCCCCAAUGUACGUCCUGAUCUCCAUGCUGUCCGCCAUCAACAUCUGCGGCACCACCACCAUCAUGCCCAAGAUGCUCCUCGGGUUCCUCUUCGGACUCAACCGCAUCUCUCUGACUGGCUGCUUGGUGCAAAUGUUCUUCAUCUACUUCAUCAUCAUGAUGGACUGCAACGUACUGCUGAUGAUGGCGCUGGACAGGUACAUCGCCGUCUGCAAGCCGCUGCGCUAUUCCCACAUCAUGAGCAAUCACAGGCUGCUUCAGCUGACCAUCGCGGCCGUCAUACGCAGCGUCUCCUUCGUCAGCCCGGUCAUCUACCUGGCGUCCAUCGUGCAUUUCUGCAGCUCCAACACCAUCCGCCACUUCGCUUGUGAGCACAUGGCCCUGCUGCAUCUGGCGUGCGGGAACAUCUCCAGGAACAAGUUGGCAGGGCUGAGCCUGAGGGUGAUCUCCAUCAUAUUUGACAUGUCAUUCCUCUCCACCUCGUACGGGAGCAUCAUCAGAGCUGCACUAAGGAUCUCCACCGGGACGCUGAGGCACAAAGCCCUGCACACCUGUGGGACCCACGCUCUGGUCAUUCUCAUCGUCUACUUCUUCAGUCUGUCCUCAUCCAUCGUCUACAGGGUGUCUGGCUCAGUCACCCCCGACACCCACAAUCUUCUCAGUGCCAUCUACCUACUCAUCCCUGCCCUGAUCAACCCACUAAUAUACGGCCUGAGGACCAAUGAGAUAAGGUGCAAGAUACUGAGAACAUUAGGCCACAGAAGUCCCUUCACCAACCAGAUAAGAACAAUUGCUGCUGCCUCAAAAGGAGGUUUGGGGACCAGUGGAGGAGAUCCCUGGCCAGAGGGGUGACACACUAGUAGGAUCUGGAGACAUAAGCAGUAGGAUAAAAUGCUUUUCAU